GCCACACUGCCUAUAGGUGACCAUAGAUGAGGCAACAUUGCAACAACUCCAUCAUUUUCAGCGUCUCUUUAUGUUGUCUAUUGAUUAUUUUGUUUCAUUCAAGAGUCUAAUAUUUUACUGGAAUUCUAUUAUCACAAAAUUUAUUCAAUGACUCCGAUGAAAGAAGCUUCGCCUCCUGUAUCGGCGAUGGCCACCCCAACAAAUAGCAGUGGAAAUCUUGUGGACGAAUUUGAAGAAGCGUUUCAGCAUUGUUUAAACGUCCUCACCAAAGAAGAAGCUCUACCUACCUCAGACAAAGACGAAGUCAAAGUAGAAGUAGAACAAACUACUCUUCGUUUUAUAGACUUAGCUAGGCAAAUGGAAGCAUUUUUUCUACAAAAAAGGUUCCUUUUAUCUGCCCUCAAACCUGAAAUGAAUGUUAAAGAAGAUAUAAGUGAACUUAGACUGGAGUUAGCUAGGAAAGAGGAACUGUUAAAAAGGCAUUAUGAAAAAAUAGCUGUGUGGCAAAAUUUAUUAGCUGAUAUUCAAAGCUAUUCGAAGAGUCCUGCACAAAGUUCUGCUACACCAGGUACUAGCUCAAUACCACCUUCACCUUUGCCAAGUAUACCAGGAAACCAAACACCCAACCAAAUGAUCUCAAAUAUACCUGCUACAAUGCAACAACAAUUACAGCAGCAACAGCUACAACAACAGCAACAACAGUUGCAAAUACAACAGCAGAUGCAACAGAUGCAGCAACAACAGUUACAACAAAUGCAGGUACCACCCGGUUUAAGUGCAGAGACUGUAGGGCCUGGUAUGCUGUCUCCCCAAGCACUCUUUAUGCAACAACAAGGUAUGCCGUCUCCUAGGGGACCUUUUGGUCAACAACCUCCAGGAGGAAUUUUACAGGGACCUUUAGCGUAUCUAGAGAAAACUACAAGUAAUAUAGGUAUAACGGAUGGUAGAAGGUGACGCGGACGCGGGAGGGGGCGUGGAAGAGGCAGGGGCAGAGGCAGGGGACGUGGCCGUGGAGGCGGGACUUUGCCCGAUUACGUCUCUCCCUAAUACCCCCUCCCCGACCGGGCGGCGAUACUCUCGGCGCUCGGCGAAGACGCGGUCAGCGCCUUCAGCUCCAUCAUGCUGGAGGAGGAGAUCCUGACGGCCGCGAUGGGAGGAACAUUCUCCAAUAUGCAUGUUUAAUCGUAGGACAUUACUUUACUGUAUUAUGCAUUGAAUUGACCACAUACCGGAUGUUUUGCUUUUCAAAAAAGCUGUAAGAUAUUUCAUUUAACAUCAUUUAAACGCUAAAUGAUCAAAAUAGUAAAUUAUACAUUAAAAACUUUCCCCAAAUAUUGAUUGCGUACGAGUAUUCAAAGACAGCGUUUGCUAAUAUCUUUUACUUCCGAACUUCAUAUACAAGUGAAAUUCUAGACAAGAGACAGACAUUUUAGCCACUACCACAAAAUCAUAUUUACUACUUGACAUUUUCAUGCAAAGUUUCUAACCUCAAAAAGGGAACCAAUAAUGAAUCUUUUAUCAAAAUCACUGUCAAAAUUAACUUAGAAGAACAGAAUUUGUUGAAAAUAUUGUUCAUUUAAGUCUAAACAGAAACCAGCACCUUGAAAUUCACCAAAAACUUUAUGCAACCUUUGCGAAGAGUUGUGAAUCUUUUUAAAAGUUUCUGUAAUGCAAUCUUUCAGUUUUUACAUAGUAUGAACUGGCAUUGAUCUAUAACCAUACAAAAAUAGGUGUUUUUAACAAAAAUUCUGGAAUUUAAUACUUAUACGUACUCUGUAAUUAUUUGCCAUAUAUAUUUUCACAUCUCUAUAGUAAUAGACUUGACUUAUUUGUAUACCAUUUUUUAAAUUUAACUGUUGAAAAAUGUCAUCCGUCAAAUGGCAUUGUCAUAAGCAACAUUUGUCAAUCUCAAAUGUCACCUUGUGGUAGUGGCUAGCUAAAUAUUGCAAUUUUACAGCGUUUUUUAACGAUUUUUGAUGAUUCUUCAUUAUUAAUAGUAAAAGAAAUAUAAAGAAUAAUGUUAAUAGUGUCUUGUCAUGUUAAACGUAGCUAAAACUUAGCUUGUUUAUUAUUACUGACACCUGUAACUGAGUGAUCAAGUUUACUGAUGAUAAUUACUGUUGUUUCUAUAGGGCUUUUCAUUCAUUUGUUUCGAGCUUCUGUCAUAUGUCGUAUAAUCCGUGUAUAUUAAUAUUAUACACAGAUUAUACAACAUAUGACAUGAGCUCGAAACAAAUGACAAUCGAUGAAAAGCCCCAUUCGCUCCGAGCGUUAACAAAGUGUCAAAGCAAAAUCGACCGACCUGCUCAUGGUGGCGGUUUUUUGAAAGUUUGUAAGGACGCUUUGGGUAUGUUCAAAUGGGACAUUUAAAAAGAAUGCCGUGUCACGCUAGUGAUAUUAUGUAUUAAUAUAAACAGAAAAUAAAAACACACUUAAUCUGAUAUAAAUUCUUCACUUUCCAAUAUUGAUUAUCACUUUGAUUAUGUAUACAUAACCUCACUAUCGCAGUUUAUGUCAAUAAAUCUUUAUUAACGAAAAAGAAAAUAUUUUUGUUGCACUAUAAAUUACACUAUAAAUUAAUAGCUAAUGAAUUCUAACAAUUGUAUUCGGUUACUAUCACUUCAAAAUAAAAUAUUCAAGUUUAACAAAAUAAUUCCAUAAGACUCAAUGUUAAAACGACCUUACAAAAUCUGACAGUGUGUCACGUGACUGUAAAUAGAGGGAGACGCUCGGAGCGAAUAGGGCUUUUCAUCGAUUGUCAUUUGUUUCGAAUUUCUGUCAUUUGUUGUAUAAUCUGUGUAUAAACAUUAUACAUGGAUUAUACGAAAUAUGACAGAAGCUCGAAACAAAUGACUGUGAAUGAAAAGCCCUAUUGAAAUUAACUUAAAUUAAAUAUUUAUAAUGAGCUCUGGCAAAUGUACUAAAAUUCAUUAGGUAUUCAUUGUAAGGAAAAUAAUGUAGACAUAUUAUUUCUUAUAGUUCUAAAAGAAAUCUAAAACAUAUCAAAAUGUACAGUUAAACAAUUUUAUUUCAUGUUGCUUUACAUAUCAUAAUUCAUUUGGAGAUGCGUUUUCAAAUGUCACAGGUUUUUAAACAAUACAAAUAGCACUUAUAUUCUUCAUUUUUUGUUAAAAUGUAUGUGGUCAAUUCACUAAUAUACAGGAUGUUCAAUUAUAGUCUAGAGUUCAGUAUCUCUAUGGCAGGAGGGUAUAGAAACAAUUUUUAAAGUAAGUUUCCAUGGCCAGUACAGGGUCAAGAUACGUUAUUGGUGUGCAAGUAUCUCGACAACUGCAUAUGUCUCCCGACAACGGCGGUAUCACACUCCUGAUUAUAACUGAACCACCCUGUAUACCAAUCUAAAAAAUUAACAUUUACUGGACUUCUUACAAAAUAAAUUAGCGGUAAUCACAUUUUUUUGAAGUUAUACUUCUUUACGCGCGAUAUGAGGGUGAAUUUUAAUAGGAUUAAAACCUUUGAUCCCGGCGCAGUCGCAUUACAACUUUGUUCUGAUUGGAUGUUCAAAUGACAUGACAAAAAUUAUCCAAUAUGGCAGCUGUGGCACAGCUGUGGGACUGUGGUUUGGUUAUGUAUGGUUGUUGCGUUUUAUAAUUUGUAGGAAGAGAAACAACAAACAAAAUGUUAGUUAAUGGUUAUACUGCCUUUUUAAAUAGUUUUCAUAUUAUAUUUUUGGACUUAUUAACAUAGAAGAGAUGAUUGUUGCAUGCCAAUGUGAAAACCCAUCAAACUGUGACUAGCAUGAGUGCCGCAAAAUUACUGAUAAAAAACCUAUUAGCUCGAAGGCGUAGAGAACUGUGGAUAACAACAAUCAACCGGGACGAUCUACGAUCUCGCUUAUUCAAAGCUAAAGAAUCUUACACUGGUAAGUGUUUUAAAAAUAGUUGAUCAAAUUUUGUUAUCAUAUUUGAACAUAGCCACUUUGCACGAUGCAAGUGAUUGCGAAAUUUAUUAGUCGUUAUACGGGCUCUGAUUGUGUGUUGAAAUGAUCUGUCAAUAAUAAAUAAUUGUUCAAUAUGAAGGUAAACAAAUGUAUAAUAUAUUAGUUUUAUUGUUGUGAGGACAGAAACAAAAAAGUUUAUAAUUGUAGUGAUUUUUAUCAUAGGUACUUACCAAAAUACAUAGUAUGUAGUACUUUUAUUUACAUAAUUUGAUUACCAUCAAAAUUUCUAUCAAUAUUCACCUAAUAUAUUGUUUUCUUACUCUAUGUUUUGUUGUAUUUUUUUCAAUUUUAAAUCAUUUCAAUUCAAAAUCAAAAUAAUUUGAUUUACAUAAUUUAAAAAUGUCAAAAGUUUAAUCCGUUUAGUUAGUCGAUCUUCGCACGUAAUGACACACUGUCUCCGUGGCGAAGCGUUUAAUACGAGUGAACCCCAAUACAACGCCAAUACCAGCCGCGCUGGUAAGUUGGUUCGAAUCCCAAUAGAAACUUUUAUUUUUUUAUUUUUUUUAUACAUUUUAUGAUUGUAAGUAUAUUUAUUAUAUAAUUUUAUUUUCAGAAAAUACGGAUUUAGUUAAAAAAUUUUCCGACAAUUAAUGUUCAGAAAUCAUUUGUGGCAUUUUUAAUGUGUUUGUGUGUGUUUUAUUCUUUUAUUAUUUUAAUUUUUGGGACUGUUUUAAUAAAAAUGUUUGAGAAGUAGUAAGUAUAAAUUAGUUUAAUAUUUAAAUAAAAUAUAAAUAAAAAGUAUAUUAAUUUCGUUUAUAAUCAUAUAAUCAUAUAAUAGAAGUAUAACUUCUUACGUGCGUACAAAGUACACACACAUUCUUUUUUUAUAAAUCUUGUUACAUUUUUUAAGGAUUGUUAAAACAUUCAAGAUAUAGUGUAUUCUGAAAUAUCUGUCAAAAUUUGACAUAUUUGAACAUUUUCAGAUCCGGUUAAAAUUACUUUUCUUGCUUUUCAACGAUUAUUGAAAUUGUUGAAUGUAUUUCAGUUCGUUCUAUUCGGUCUUCUUUUCAUUUCGUUAAAUUUUAUACCCUGUUUUUAAACCAGGAGGAUUAAACUCAAAAGACGGAUUCACACCCAAUAAUGUCACUAGAAAAAUCACCAAUACAUCUUCUUUUUUGGUUGAUCUCAUUUGGCAAUCUUGUAAUCCUUAAAAGCAAAGGGAGUAUAGCUCAGUUGUAGAGCGUUCGAUUGGAGAUCGAGAGGUCCCCAGUUCGAAUCCGUGUGUUUUCUAAUUUUUUUUUUAUUUUUGGUAUUGUUUUAAUAAACAUUUUUGGAAAGUAGUAAGUAAAAAUUAGUUUAGUCUUUAAAUAAAAUACAAAUAACCUGUUGAAAGUAUAUUUAUUUCGUUGAAAUCUUAAAUAGAAGUAUAUCUUCUUACGUGCGUACAAAGUACACACACAUUAUUUUUUUUAUACUAAUACGUCGCUAAAAACUUCUAAAAACAACUGUUUUUUUAAAUAAACGCAGACUAAAAAUCUAAAAAUUAAAGAAAUAUGGCAGAAACAAAAAUAUCGCCGAUAUAACUUAAUUAACCUAUGAAUUUUAAAUGCCAUUAGUGUCAAAAUUUCAUAAAUGUCAAUAGUGACAAAUUUUCAUAAUUUGGUGGAGUAAACUUACCUGUGGUUGGACCAAUUACAAACAAGCAUUACGGCGCGGUAAAUUUGAAUUACUCCUUCUAUUUAAAAAACGAGGAUUAAUACGUCACUAAAGAGUUCUAAGAACAAUUGUUUUUUAUAUACAAGCAGACUAAAAAUCUAAAAAUUAAAGGAAUAACGCAGAAAACACCAAAAACGCCGGUAUAACUUAACUAACGUAUGAAAUGCCAAUAGUGUCAAAAUUUCAUAACAGUGGAGUAAACUUGUCUGAGGUUGGACCAAUUACAAACAAUCAUUACGGCGCGGUAAAUUUGAAUUUCUCCUCCUGGUUUAAAAACAGAGCAUAGUGUUAGAUUGGGGAAGUGGCUUAACUCUCAAUCCAAGAUACAGUGGAACCCCGAUAAGUCGGCCCCCGAUAACCCGGAAGUCCGGCUAACCCGGACCGAUUUUCAUCAGAUAAACAUUUUGAUUUUCAAUAUUUUGUAUUUUUCAAUUUAAUUGUGGCUUAUUUCCCAUCAAAAUAGUUAAUUAUCAGACAAACCUUUCAACAAUAAAAAUGUAUGUAACAUAAUAUUUGAGAGAUAAUGUGUAUGUGUGUAAUUUGAACUAUACGAUAUUAAAAAUGACUCAUAGCACACGCCGCAGAAACAACAGCCACCUGUCUGUAGUACCUAUUCCUUUUUAUUUCAAACUGUCUUAGCAUUGUUUAGGAAAGACUAUUUAAAAAAUUCUUUUAUAAACAAUGGUCUUUAGUUUUCACUGUUCUUAAAUAACAUUACAUCGUUGUGACUGUAUUGUGUGUCUUGUAUUGUUCGCUUCUGUUUGCUUACGUUUGUGUUUGGUGUUUUUUUUUUAGUAAUUUUAAUGAGUAGGUACUGUGCAUAUUUAUAAAUAUAUUUCAUGUUAUUUCAAUUCUAACGGAGUUUAUCUGUAAGUAUACCGUAUUUUAUUAAUUUUUACCAUAUUCUCCGGCUAUCUCGGAUUUUCGAUAACCCGGAUCGGCCGCGGUCCCGAUUAAUCCGAGUUAUCGAGGUUCCACUGUACUUAACUUUCCAAGUCUACUUAGAAUUUCUCUCGAUGGUCUGAGAUUUGAAUAACUCUCCUCCUUUAAUUUUACAAUACAAUUUGCGGUUGACGAUGUUUUAUACAGGGUGUCCCCGAAAAUAGUGCGUUCCUUAAAGGUAUAGGUAGAAGGCACAAUGUAGAGCAAAAAAGUCUUAACAUUUUUUCCUAAAUUGAUCCGUUUGACCAAAAAACGAAAAUACAUUUUGAUAUGCAAAUUUAAGUCUGGCAACAACGCGCAACUCAAAAGUCUAAAGAUUAAAAAAGUAGGUUUGUAGAUCAGUUGCAUCUGGUAGGUAAAAUAAUGUAAAUAUCAACCAAACCCAUAUCCAUUAUUUUGCAGGUAGGUACCUACCAUGUCAACAACCACAAAAAUCACACCUCAAAGUAAAUAAACAAAGGGUUAUUAGGUUAAAUUUCCACAGUCACAGUAAGUUCUUCUAGGCUACGUUGCCAUGUCAUUCAAUUUCAUGAAAAUAAAAAUUCACUUAUAUGGAGAACAAUGUAAUUUUUUUUCUUGAAAACGGUUAACUUUAGAAAAAAAUGUUAUGGGACUUUUUUGUUCUAAAUUGUGUAUUAUAUCCAUACCUUAAAGGAACGCAUUAUUUUCGGGGACACCCUGUAUAUUGUCAUGAAUUAAAAUAUAUAAUGGCAGAAAAUGAAAUUAACCUAACAUAACCAAACUUUUCUAAUACUUCAUUUUCAAGCCAUAACAACUUUCGAAUGAAUUAGUUUAGAUCGACGUAUCUUUGAUUACCGAUUGCAAAAAAUUUAAUGAAAAUUAAAUUACAGUGUGUGGCAUUAAAUGGUGUCUAUACCGCUAAUAUAAAAGAGCAUGUCCAGUGAGUGUUACUUUUCUAGUAUAAAUUAAAGAUAGGUUAUGCAAGUUACAAGGUAAACUUAAAUUUAGUUAAUACGAGACGUGAUGAAAGUUUGAGCUUAAGCAAUAUGCUGCGUUUGUGUGUACGCGUCGGUGUGUGCGUGCGUAAAUGUACUUGAGCGUAAUCGAAAUGUACUUUAGCUGUUAAUUGUAUUCGCCGGUUGUUUUCCCCUUCUUAGUAUUAUUGUUGAAUUUUUUUAUUAUUAAAUAGUUUUAGUUUUGGGGAAUAGGUUGACAACUAUUUCGACGUUGUGUUUUGAUUUGAUUGAAUGUUAACGCAAUAUCUUAUAAUUAAUUGCACGGGGAAUAAUAAUAAUUACUUUAUAUUUGAUAUGGGUUCGUUUUGGAGCAAUUUUUGGACUUUGGAUUCAAACAUAGUCGCAGUUUUUGUUUAUCACGUAUAUUUUGUAACCUAACCUAAAUAAAUCCUUUCUGUAAAAAUACGUACCGGGUGUCCCAAUAGGAAUGGCUCUCGGCCAUAUCUCGGGAACCGUUUAUAGUACAGCUUUAAGAAAAAAAUAUUUAUAACAAAAGUUGCCUCGGGAAAAGCCUGGAAAUUAUUUUCAUAAUUGUAGGUCCACCGCUAGAGGGCGUAAUUGAAUAUCAAAAAUUAAAAAAUCAAAAUUUUACAAAAUUUACCUAAUGAAAGGGCACUGGAAAUCCAAUCAUCGUAUUCUUAAUAAAAUUCUGCGCAUAUUUGAUUUUACAAGUUUAAGGCCCGGUACUUUAUGUCUCCGUUAACAGCCGGUUAGUUAACCGGGGUUUAAUCGGGACAGAAAUAUAUGCAUAACAUAGACAUAAACGCAAUUAUACUUAUUAUUAUAUUAAUAAAUAAUAAUAAUUAUAAUUGCUUUUAUUACAAUGCAAGAGGCCCUAUGAGGUACUUUUCUGUCCCGAUUAAACCCCGGUUAGCUAACCGAGGUUUAACCGGGACAUAAAGUACCGGCCCUAAGUCUACCUUUGGAAAUAAGAGGUGGGGGUGAGUGGGAACCUUCUUAUGAAAAAAUGGCUGUAAGUCCGGUUCUGCUAAAUAUAAUUUUGCAUACUUGGUCUUGUUGAAAUCAGCAUAUAACCAUAUAUAGUAGCUACUAUAGCUACUAUAUAUGGUUAUCCAAAGUAUACAAAAUGUAAUGUGCAACAUCUCCACGUCUGCCCCCCCCUGAAAAUUUUUAUAUGGGCUCCCGUGCGAGCUUAUGUCAUAUUUUGUUUAAUUCGUGUAUAUUAACAUCAUACACAGAUUAUACAACAUAUGACAGAAGAUCGAAACAAAUGACUGUGACUAAAAAGCCCUGUAGUGGGAGCACGCAAAAUAGAAUUCUAUUUUAGUGACGUCACGUUGUCUAGCAACCGUCGAUUCUCCCAUUGUGAAAUUCGAUUUUGUGACGUCAGCAAAAUAGAAUUCUGUUUGGCGUGCUCUCACCCCAGUUGUGGAGAUUGUUGACAUUAGUACAAGGUGUAGGAAAAAAUUUACGUGGUAGACAAUAUAGACUAUGGUCUUUUAACAGAAGUCAACAGAAAUUGUCUUAAAAAUUGUUCCUCCCUGUUAGUUACACAAAAAUUUUUACCUACUCCGACAUUUUAAGUUUCUCUUUUGGUUCCCUCUUUUGGUUAAGUUUGGUUUUGGUGAGCCGAAAAAUUAGAAUAUGUCUAGUUGUCGGUUCAUCAACAUAUAAAUGAACCCACGGUUCUUCGAGGUUCCGUUUUAUCCACACUUGGGAAUGGGCAGUUAUAAGAAGGUAUUGAACGACAAAUGUUUUAAACUGACCAAAAGGUUUCAAUACCAAACGAAUUGUACUAGUAAUAGUAUUAUUAUUGAGUCAAAAUAGUUCUUUUGAUUGAGCAAUAUUUUAAUAAAUAAUGUAGGUAGCAUAUGAUAAGUCAUCUUUCCAAAAUGUUUUCUCAUUUCUUCAAGAGCGGUCGGUGACCACGUUUUUACAAGUUUCUAUAUCUAUAGUAAGGUGGGAAAGUUCUGCCUCACUGAUGUCUGUCCAGCCUCUAACGCUUUUCUUCGUUUUAUCAACUUCUAAAUAUAUUUUACACACUUUUGGUAAAUUUAUUUGAAAUUAUUUUGCUACAACUAUGACACAAUGAAAAUCUAUAACAUAGAACUAGUUUUAAAGAGAAAAACAAGUAAAUUGCCAUGUAAAAAUUAUUCUGUGAUAUAUGUACCCAAAAGGUCACAUUUUGGCAUAUAAUUGAUAUUUAAAUAGACUGAAAGUUGAACCGAAUUGUUUCUAUAGAGGUUAAAAUGAAUUACUUUAGAAAUACGUCAUAUUACUGUGACGUCAUGCUUUUAGUUUGAGGUUAUAUUGAUUUUUAUUUAAUUACAUUUCUACAACUUUAUCAAUUGUUCAAAAGUCUUGAAGAUGUGUCUAGGACUAUGAUAUAUUUACGUUCAUUUUAAUAAGAACUUUCAAGUUUGUUAAAGUUGAUCAUAUCCAAAGCGUUUCAAUUGCAAGAUCUCGUGGCUCUAACAGGGGAUUUUUUACAACACUUAUAUUUAAAAAAUCGCUUCUCACAAGAAAUUUAUCUUUUAAAACACCUUAAAUCAUUCAUUGCAAGAAAAUAGACCAGAUAAGUUUACCAAAAGAAGAUAAAACACACCGCUUUGAAAAAAUCAUAUGGAAUUUGAUUUUUUUAUAAAUAAAACCUACCUACCUUAAGAAAUGAAAGCGUGACAGCAAACUAUUAAUUGGCUUAUUAAUUGUCAUAUUCUGGGGUCAAUAAAAGCAUCAAAUGACCCAAUUAUACACGUGGGUGGUCCGAUAAGUACUUAGCUACUCCGCCCGAUGGCGUCACUGUCACAAGAGAAAUCUACCAUCGUGUAAUAAAUUCUUGUAGACGGCCUAUGUCAAAAUAUCAGCCAAAUCGGACUCGUAGCUUUGUUUUGACCGCGUAUGUAAGCGGGCGGGUUUGGGGAUUUUAAAAAAAUAAAAAAAGAGAAAUAUCAGUUGGUGAUUCGACUCUUGUUUUUAGAAGGGAAAUCCCGCAGCGAAAUGAAAAAGCGCUUGAAUUCUGUAAACGGUGACUCUCCUUCGAUGGAAACCGUCAAGAAUUGGUAACGAGUUUCAACCUUAGAAUAUAAAAAAACAGGAAGGAAUCUGCCAUAUAUCAACAACACCUUAAAUUUCUAGCGGAACCGGCCAUCUUGAACGUCUGUGGAUGACUCAUAAGUUUUUGUCAACGAGGAAGAAGGUGUUUGUGUAUUGGAUCAGCUGUGUGCAUAGGCGUACCAUCGGGUAAAGCUCCUGUAUAUGCAAUCAAUUAACUGAAGUUAUUAGUGUAAUAAAAUGUUAUUUAACUGACUUUUCAACAAAACAUCAUAUUAAUACGUAUUUUCUCUUGAUCUAUAGCUGUUUGUUUAACAUAAAAGAUGUAAUAAAAUCGUUAAGAAUUUCUUUUCUUCCCUCAUUCAAAGGUACGUCACUGGAGAUAGAAAGCAAAUCUGACAGCUGAUCGCCAUUUGCAACCUCCUUCCUGGCUCGAAGUCAUUUCGCAUUUUACUCCUUCCUGGUUUAUUUUACAUUGUAAGGUUUCAACGUGGUGGCACGUCGCUUUUUGAUAAGUCACUCCCAGUUGCCCCGAAAACGGCUACCACUGAGGAUAAUGUGAAAGAAGUCCACCAUCUCGUAUUGGUAGACCUGUGGAGUUUCUACGUUGUUUCAUAACCGUCGACGAAACAUGGUUCCACUGGUAUACACCAGAGACCAAGGAACAGUCGCUACAGUGGACGUCACCCCGCAAACGUGCUUCGAGGAGAGCUUCUUCUUCUUCUUGUGCCACUCCUAUCGGAGAUUGGAAAUCAUCAAAGCUACCCUGACUUUGUUUACAGCUGACCUAAAAAGUCCAUUAGUGGUGCAGCCAAACCACUCUCUCAAAUUCCGCAUCCACGACAUUCUUCUACGGCCUGGAUUCCGUUUUCCCUCUAUUUUUCCUUGCAUUGUAUUUUGAAGUAAUGUAUUUAUGACCUCUCAUCAGGUGACCCAAAUACUCGAGUUUUCUUCGUUUUAUCGUUAACAAAAUUUUCUGGGUCUCUUCCUAUCCUUCGUAUUACUUCAAGAUUUGUGAUUCUUUCAACCCAACUUAUCUUCAGCAUUCGACGGUAGCACCACAUCUCGAAACACCUUUCGCGGAGAGCGAAACUGUCUAAUCGGCAGGAAAGGUGAUGGCCAUUAUUUUGUCACAAGGUGUGAUCUAUAUCCAGUUCCUGGAGAAGGGCAAAACGAUCACAGGCCUUUACUAUGCCGCAUUAUUGUCCCGAUUCGACGCCGAAUUUCAGAAAAAACAAUCCCAAUUGGGGAAGAAAAAAUACUGUUCCACCAUGAUAACGCUCCGACUCACACCUCCGCUAUCGCCAUGGCCGAAUUGGGCUACAAACUGCUGUUCCAUCCAACGUAUUCUCCAGAUUUGGGCAUGUAGGACUUCUUUUUGUUUCCAAACUUAAAAAAGUCACUCGCCGAGCAGAAAUUUAAGUCGAAUAAGGAGUUCAUCACGGCCACGGCAGCCUACUUUGCAGACCUCGAGAAAAGGUAUCCUUCAGACGGGUUAAAGAAGAGGGAGCAUCGCUGGGUCAAGUGGAUCGAGAUAAAAGGAGACUAGGUUCAGAACAAAAUCGCUACUUUUCCAAAAUUUUCGUUUUUAUUUUCAAGGCUAAGUACUUAUCGGACCGCCCUAGUAGCAGAAGGAAGUACAGUUUGAACUGUAGCCUAAAUAAGAUAAUAUAUUUUGUUUCUUUUUGCAAAUUUCUGUUUAUUUAUAUAGUCGUUUGCUCAGUAGUUAUUUGAGGUUUGGAUGAAAUACAAUUUUUAUUCUAAAUCGAAUACUUCUGUCACGGCGUUGUAAACGUCGUUUUAUGAAAAUUUAGGAUGCUCUCAAAUAAACACUGACCUGUUUGUUAUUUCUAUACACAUAGUUAAAAAUUUUUCAUAUGUUUUCAUUUAUUAUUUUAUAAAUAUUUAAUUUUAUACACGAUAAGUUCGAGGAGUUUUAUGUAUUAGCUAAUGCUUAUAUUAUUAUUAAAGUAUAAUUCAAUAAGCGAUGCAGAAGACCUAAAAAACCAUCGGGAAAGGAAUUAUCUCAGUACCGAUCAUGCGGACAUGAGAGAAUUUCUUCUCAUUUGUUCAAUAGAAAAAUUUGAUUGUUCUUGAUAGUUGCAUUUUUUUACGCAAAUUUUUUAUUCCAAUUAUUGUGAGACUAAUUGCUUCCUUUUGGGAUGAUACGUAUUAAGGAUGAAUAAAUAAAAUCACGAGGAAGGAUUCUUUAUUAAAGGAUUCUCAUUUUUUUUUUUUUCGAAUUUGAUCGUUAUGCUUAUUGUAUUAUGCCCGUGAUAGACGAAAGAAGAGGGCUAGGUCGAAGAAGAACGGCAUGGCUUAAAACCUGAGAGAAUGGUUUAACAGAUCAUCUGCAUCCCUUUUCCGAGAUGCCGUCAAAAAAUUACUAUAGCCAAUUUGAUAGAUACGCUCGAUAAUCGAGCACGACAUAUGAAGAAGGAAGAUGCCUUGUUAUUCUGUACGGUCGGUGUAUAGUAUCUUCAUUUAUGCGUGGCAUUGACAGUCUUGUUCUUCUUUUAUUUAAUUUUACUGAACUUUUAGAUGUUUUUGAUAUUAAAUUCAGUUCUUUUACUGUUGCUUAUCCACAGUUAAUGUUGAUAUCAUCUACCUUGAAAAAAGACGGACACUUUAUACAUAGACUGUUACCACUUAUAAUAUCUCAAUUUCUGUAGUUUAUAUAAAAGUCUACAUAGCAAUCGUCUAAAGGGCGUAAAUAUCCAGUCAUCUCUGUAUAAAACAUUGUAGAUCUUCAGUAGUUUUUAUUUUGUGUCGUAUACGAUAGAUGGCGCUUAUGUACUUUUGUCCACUGUAUAGUGGAUAAAAUGAUUCGAUAGCCUGGUUUUUCUGACUUAGGCUCGAUGUACAUUUGCGUGUUUUCAAGCUGCGCGCAUGCUGCGAGCAAGCUACGUACGAUCGCUAGCAGUUCAGCAGUUCAUGAGUUGAAUUUAUUCACUGCACACUCGAGUUAAGCCGCGGCGUGCAAGUGACUUACAAGCGGCGUGGACCAAGAGCACGCCACUUUCUGCUACACCGCCACGUGCACGCCGCUUGAAAACAAGUCAGGCGGUUUGUGAUGGAUAAUGAUUCAGUACACGUUGACCGCGCGAUCGAUUUUAAGGCUAAGGCUCCACGGGCGAGAAAUUCACGCUAGCAGUAGCCGUAAAACGAACUUAAGGUUCCACGGAACAGAAUAGGAAUAGCCGAACUGAACCGACUACGCACAAGUCCUGUAGUCGGUACAGUUCGGCUAUUCCUAUUCCGUUCUGCGGAACCUUAAGUUCGUUUUGCGGCUACUGCUAGCGUCAAUUUCCAGCCCGUGGAGCCGUAGCCUAACGUAGAUACAGAGCUGUUUAUUUCUGGCGUGUAUUGACCCCCAGAAACCGCUCAAACGUAUGUUGACGGGAAACUUGGCUUGAAAACAAGCAGCGUGCACGCAACUUAAAAACGCGUAAAUGUGUAUCGAGCCUUACAGUUCGUUUUGAGCCUACCACUAUCUGAAAUGCUACAAGCACAACGAAACAUGUCAUAAUUUUAGACAAAAAUUGAGCUGAAACCGUUAAUUACCGAGAAAUUGUUUUCAUAUAACCUAAACGCAAGUUUUUUAUAUCUAAUUGUAGAGCAUAUGCCUUUUACGUGUGCAUUAAUUCGAUUUGAAGUUUAAGAAAUAGCAGCAAGUCAGGAGUAGCAUAUUUUCAGAUGUAAAAGUUUAGCACACAAAUUAUUUCUUUGCUGCAUCGCUUAUUGGAAUGAACAGUAUAAAUCAAAGAACGAAAUAAUGGUCAGUGAUGCAUCCGAAAGUAUUUAAAAUAGAAAGGGAAUCAAUUUUUCUCUUUCGCACAGCGUUGCCACAUCGUUGUGAUAAUAGGAAAUAUAGCGAAUUCUGAAAAUUUAAGGUUGUAGUUUUGUUAAUUCAUCGGUUCAUAUGACGUCAUUGAAUCUCACGUGCAUUACAGUUUUAGGCUUUCACGAUGCGUCAGUGCCAAUUAUUUCGUAUUUGGUUAUAAAAAACGUACUAUUAAUGACUGCAUAUAGCAGAUAAUUAUAUUUUCUUUUGUGAAAAUGCUCAAUACACGAGGUGUAUGUAAUAUUAUUAUUGUAUACGUGUUUCUUGCAUUUUUAUAAUAAUAAUGAUAGAAAAAUGUGUUAUCACCCUUUCCUUUCACUAGCACUGUGAUUUUUAUUUGUAAUGUACGUUGUUCGGCAAUAUAGAUUGGUAUGCUGGCGGGAAAAAACAUUUGCGUCACUUUGAAAUUGUGAUUGUUUUACGAUUAUAGCAUAUAACUAUUAAUGCUGUAUCCAAAUAAGGUCUGUCAUGAUUUUUUAUGUACAUAUUUGUUGUAAUUUUAGCUGCAUUAUUCCUCUGACGGACACACAGACCACAUAAAAUAAAAUCAAAAAUAUUUUUAAAUUCUUAGUUUGAGUAUUUGAGUCAGUAAGAAAAGUUGGUUUAAUAACGUUUAUUAUCUCUUGAAUCUUUGCUGGAUGUCGAAGAGACAUACAUGUAGUUAAUGAAGAAAUAUUUGGGAACGUUAUUUCUUCGCAUGACGAGCAAUAAUUUCACUUUAGGUAUUUCUUAGCGAGGUAUAUGUUUUUGGUUAUGUCGUACAGAUUAGGUCGCUGAGAUUGAGAUCUGGACUAAGUGUUGGUCAAUAUAACCGCUUAAUGCCCUUUUCGUCUUAAUAAUCUCCGACCACCAUGUAAGGUUUCGCGUUAUCAUCGAUGGAAAUGCCAUUACCAUCGGUGGUAAGCCUGAAAGGUAUAUAUGGUAUUCUAUAACUUGUAAUACACUUGGUAAGUGGUGUCAAAACACACAAGUAAAACUUUAUUCCGUGAAUUGGCGCAGAGACCUAAAACUUGAUCCAAAAUAGCAGCCUAAAGAAGGUUCGGUGAGCAGCUUAGCUGUUGCUGCAUCAGGGGUUAUUCAUAGAAGUGGUCGAUAGUUUAGUUAUGGAUUGGAAGAUAUGUGUACUUUUAAUCUUGUAUAAUGGUCUCUGGAAAUUAGAAUUGCUGAAUGGGUGUGUGACUGUAGUUUAGUGUGGCUUAAGGAACACCCGUGUGUUGAGAGAUCUUAAAUAUUCAAGGUAUGGACAGCAAAUGCUCUGGACUAGUGGAUUGUAGAGAUGCUCGAAAGUGCAGUACAGUCUGAAAAUGGCUUCUUCUGCAAUUGGUUUGUUCUACAAAAUGGUUUUUUUUUAAACAAAAGCCGUGCGCCACAAAAUGACAUUUAUUGGCUGAUGGCUUCCUCUAACCUAAAGACAUGAAUUUUUAUUUUAUCUCUUUAUCAAUGGGGGAAUGAUUACAGUCCUGUUGGACAGGGAAGUGGGCAGCGUGAAUGUGUAAAUAGCUCACUCGCGCUGCCGCUGCUCAUGCUACUGCCAUUGCACGGCGCUUCCCAAAAAUUCGGUUUUUGGGACGGAAGUCAAAGGAGAGGCAGAGUGAAUGCGAGUGAGUAUUAGUCAUGAGGACAUUGCCGACAUUGGUGCGAACACUUCACUCGCGUCGAUAUCGUAUUUCAGGCAAUAUUUCCGACACCGGCAUUAGCAGUGGCAAAGGCUGGGUAUAAAUCCGGCAUAUGAUAUACUCGACCAUAUUGUAACUACAUUACAAGUUUUGUUACAACAUAAAGUGAUUUUGACUUUUUAAAUAGGGCUUUUCAUUCACAGUCAUUUGUUUCGAACUUCUGUCAUGUGUCACAUAAUAUUAAUAUAUCUACGUCAUACGUUAUUGGCAUAUACCCAUGAUACAAACCAAAGACGUAUGACGUAGAUAUAUUAAUAUUAUAUGACACAUGACAGACGUUCGAAACAAAUGACAAUCGAUGAAAAGCCCUAUAAGACGACAGAAAUGACGCUUUAUUGAAAAUAAGCAGAUGAAUAUGAAUUUUAUACUUUCAAGCGAAUGCACGCUAUAAAAUGCUAUCAAUACAGUUACAGUAGGUACAUGACAGAUGACGUAAAUGACGAAUGAUACUUCUCCGUAAACAAUUUGCAGUGAUUUAUAAAUAACACGUUACAAUUUCAAAGUGAGCUAUAUUUUAUGCAUGCCAGUGUACUUAUAAAAGGUCAGUUCUGUGAUUGUUUUUUGGGCACAUGUUAACAUAACAUCUUAGUUACCUUUGUAAGUAUAUUUGGAUAUUUCUGUAUUGUGCUGAUUUUUUAGUGUAACGUUACCGAAUUUCAAAAUUGUGAUAUAAUGAAUUUAAAUAAAUAUGCAUACUAAUAUAA